AUGACACAAUCAUCGUCAGCAGAGCCAAUCAAACUCUCUUCUUCCGCCAAGCGUAAGGGCAUUCGAAACGUUUAUACUUUGACGCCCUCACAACUUGCUCGCAAGCGAGCCACCGACAGAGAGGCUCAGCGAGCUAUCCGUGCCAGAACUAAAGAGCACAUUGAGCGCCUUGAAAGAGAAAUUGAAGAUCUCCGAGUCAGCCACGUCAGUGACAAGACUGUCCAAGAACUUUUGCGUCGGAACAAGGCUCUCAAUGAUGAACUUUGCCAGCUCAGGCGGUCCAUGGGAAUAUUCAUGACAUUGUCGCCUCACUCGACCUCGGCCCCCGCUAUUGAACAUGCUGGAGCUUUCCUUGCGUCACCAUCGCAACAACCGCCAGCCCCGUGCCAAUCAGCCUGCAACCAGGACAACUACAGCGCUGUCCAAAUUCCUAAAAUGUCCCUUCUCCCAUAUGGACGAGCUUAUUACAUCCCAAAUUACAAUCAAACUACUCCGCACUCCGUGCCCAUGCCCAACUGCGAGGCCUGGACAUCCGCUAUCCCUUCCAGCGUCCCCAGCCUGUCGCCUUCAGUCAAUACCGAUGUGUGCAGGCUAGGAAGCCGCUACAUUUCCACUAGCGUGCAUACCUCCCUAAUGAGCACUAACGGCAUCAGCCUCCUGGCCAGCAAUGAGGUCAAGAUGGAGUUUGAGGGCAUGCACAAUAUGAUGGCUGCCCAAUGUGAUAUACAGCAGACCCAGCGACAGCGAAAUCAGGAUUGGAACAUGUACGUUGAUGAUGUGUGCCAGCUAGGAAACAUAACACAGCACGGCCUGAGUUUGUCCAACGCCCCUCGACUUACUCCGCCCACAAAGCAAGACUGA